AUGGGGGCUGCAGAUGGCCACCAGGGGGCACUCUGGCCCUGGGAGAAGCACCCCGCGGGCCGACCUCGGAGCUCGCACGCAGGGAUGGAGACAGGUGCCAGGGCUGCAGACUUAGCUGCUGCAGACGAACGUAGUAGGCAGUACAGUCUAAAACCCACGGCUUCUCACAGUGCUUCAGUCACGGGGCCACCCCGGGAUGGUGGGGACACGUUCUGUCGCCCUGGGCCUGACUGGUCAGUCUCAUCUCUUGGCACAGGGGCGCAGAGUUUUGGCCUGCUGGACCCCAAACUGUGCUACCUGCUGGACGGCCUCCUCUUCAUCUAUGGCCUUGUCAUCACGGCCCUGUUCCUGAGAGCAAAGUUCGGCAGGAGCGCGGCCGUCCCCGAGGACCAGCAGGGCCCCAACCAGCUGUACAACGAGCUCAAUCUAAGAGGAAGAGAGGAGUAUGAGGUUUUGGAUAAGAGACGAGGCCUGGACCCUGAGAUGGGAGGAAAACAGCAGAGGAAGAGGAAUCCUCAGGAAGUCGUGUACAACGCACUGCAGAAAGACAAGAUGGCGGAGGCCUACAGUGAGAUUGGGAUAAAAGGCGAGAACCAGCGUCGGAGAGGGAAGGGGCACGAUGGUCUUUACCAGGGGCUCAGCACGGCCACCAAGGACACCUAUGAUGCUCUCCACAUGCAGACCCUGCCUCCUCGCUAACCGCACCAGGCAUGUCACCAACCACGGGCCAGACCCGCAGACAUUGUUCAAGACACAGGAUAAAGCAUUUAUAACCCAGUUCACUCCUAUUUCUCCACCACCAAAGUAUUCCCUCUUAUGAAUUGGAUGCUUUGCAUUGUAACAUUUGGUCAUAUCCAACUCCAAACCAUCCUCCCUGGACUCUGGAGGGGAGUGCACUCCGCCAGGCUUAUGGCCCUGUUCUCGAAGAGUCCUUUGUGAGUGCCACACGUUCUCGGGGCUUCUGGGGGGUCUUGGGGUUCACUGGAGACUGUGGACAGGCCCCUCUCUUGGAGGCCCCGGGCUCUUACCUGGGAGACGGGUACACGCUCCUUCUCUCAGUAGUGUUCCGUCCCUGUUUUGUCGAGUCCCCAGAGGAACCCCAGAUGUUAGCACAUAUCCCAAUAGCCCUUAUUGUUCCGUCAGUAUUUGAGUGGCUUUGCUCCUGCUGUAAAUUUGGCUUCUGUGGUCAACCUGCGUCAUUUCCAGGUCACUUGUCAUUGGUGCAAAGGGGCUGUUGUGUCCGCCGGUGAGAGGCCCGGGCGGAGGGGGAGAGGGGAGGAGAGCCGUGCGGGUCCGCGGGAGCCCGGGGCGGCUGAAGAAGGGGAGCAGGGGGCGCUGAUGGAGGCUCAGCUAGAGCACGGGGAGGGGGACGGGGCAGGCCGGAAGGGGCGCUCCUUCAAUCGGGCAUACAUUCCCCUUUAUAGACCUUAGCAUUUGUGGGCUGGGCACUCUGGGCACCGUCCUCACCGAGCUCACACUCGCACAGGGGACGCGAGGUGUGAACAGGCCGGCCUCACAGCGCGUAGGAAGGGCCAUUGCAGAGUUCGCACGAAGCGUGGGGGCGAGGGAACGGGCAGGCCCACACUCUUGCCAGGCACUCGUUCACUUCGCACUCCGAGUGGUAGUCAGCCGUCCCCGCGGACCUGCAGACCACCGAGAGCGGUGGCGGGCGGGAUCGCCACGGCUGACUUCCGGAAUCGCCUCGGCUGACUUCCGGGACCGCCUAGGCGGACUUCCGGGAACUGUGCUGUGUAAGGUGUCGUGGGUGACCCUCUCUGUUCUGAUAGGUUUUAAUUUAUACUGGUUUGCUAAAGCCUUACUUUCUCAUCUGCAUAAUAAACGCUUUGGUGAAA